CUUGAGUUAAUUACACAUUGUCCCUCAACCAUUGUGUCUCUCACACGCACCGCAGUCAGUCACCCAUUGCGCGUCAUGUCUCUUCACGGACAGAACUGUCUGACUGCGUCACUGUCACUUGCCCAUGAGCGCACUGAGGAGGAAGUUGCCCAUCGUGCCGCUGUGCUGUGCCGUCAUGGUGCGGUUGAUGGGGCCGUCGGGCAAAUCGACAGAGGGAGGCCUCUUUGGCUGGCCCGCUGACACGGCGGGCGGCGCUUCUGAUCAAUGGAUUACACAGACAGAGACGCCAUGUGUUGAGGCAUUGUGCAUUCAAUUUGUCGGAUGGACUGUCUGGUCAUCGACCUGUUUGUGCGGGUGUGGGUGUCGUCAUUUGUGGAGCCAGUUGCCGCUCAGCAAGAACGCCCACCACCUCGUCCACGCACAAAUACUCAACUGAUCAGCACACACACACAUUGUGAAGGAAGGAGCGGUUUGCCGGCCGACCUUGGCAGGUCUCUGCGAAGGCCUUGCGCAUGGCUGGCGUGUAAGUGGCGUUGCCCAGGUAGACGCUGCGCGCACACGGCCCCGUGUAGCUUUUCGGUGCAUUACACACGCCUGUGUAGGUGCCAGAGUGCCGCUGCUCCGUCCAGCCUGACACACGCACGCACAUAUUAGCAUCUGUGUCAUCUCUCCCUCUGUGUCAUCUUACCCUUUGGGCAUGUCCAUCUCGCGUAUUCUCUGAUGCAUCCCUCGGCGCACGGCCAGUCGACAUCGUGGUCCAGCGCAAAUGCCUUCUUCCUCUCCACAGUGAAGCCCUCAAAGGACACGGCAGACAGGUGGUCACCUUGCGAGGCCGGCGGCUCACACACACUGCCGCCCUGCGCCGACAGCGGAAGCCUGACAGACAGACAGACAGACAGGUGUGUAUCUGUGUGUGUGAGCUGAUAUCACGUACCAUCCCGCUGGACACGUUUGGGUGAAGUCGAUGACACAUCGCGGCUGCACGCACGGCCAUUGGACUCGGCAGUGUGCCGCAAAGUUCUUGCGGGCGGCCGUGUCGAGGGCUCCGAGUGACUGCCGAGGGAGGCACGGGCCAUUGUAUGUCUCGGAUGCCUCACACGUGUGUGUGUCGGCGAGCAGCUGCCACUCGAGGGGGCACUCAGAGGUCAUGUAGUCGCGCCGACACGUCUCUCUGCAUCGCCAUGUGGCUCCGCACUCCACCUCCCAUCGCACCUUCUGCUCAUCCGUCAUCACGCCUAAUGACAGACACACAGAACAGAGAGUUCGAUCGUAUGAGAGCAUCUUGUCUCUCUUUACUGCUGCCUUACCGAAUGUGUGCAGCCGUCCGCACCGUCCGCUGUACGUGAGCGGCGCGCGGCAGAGGUGGCCGCGGCCGCCAGACACAUCGACCCAACCUAUGAGACACGCACACACACACAGACAGACCUCCAUGGAUCCAUGUGUGUCCGUGUGUCAGACUGACCCUCGGGGCAUCCUGCAUAGUCGCGUGUGCACUCAAUGGCUGUCGGCCAACGAACCAAGCAUCGCUCCGCGAAUGCCUUCUUGGCGUCAGGCGAGUAGUCAGUGAGUCGCUGGAUGAUGCCACAGAGGCCAGAAUAACUCAGAGGAGCCACACAGCGGCCACGCAGCUCGGUCCAUCCAUCUGAAUGCACACACAGUGAUUGAUUGAUUGAUUGUCUCUGUCUCUUGUUUCACCUGGGCACGUCUGAGCAUUGUAGUUCUGCUGAUUGUCUUGCAAUUGCCCGGCCAGGCUGUGCAGUUUGAUUGACGUGAGGGAGUGCGAACCAGAUGCGUCGGACACGCCGACCAGCUGGACGGUCAGCAAGGCAACACACAGAAUGACAGACGUCAUGCCUGGCUGGCUGCCGGGUGUGUGUGUGUGACCGUUGUUCAGUCAGUCGAUUGGUGAGUCAGUCACACCAUACAAAUCAAACCACACAGCAUAUCUAUACAGAAACAUGAUCAUGACAUACACUCUAUAUGAUAUCCGUCUGUACAGGAAGUCACUUCACUCAGCUCAUGGCUUGUUGCUGCUCGCCUCCCUUGACCUCAUUGUUAAUGGCUAUGGCGGGCUCUAGCCUCGGGAACAGAGGCCGCGAUGCCACGAAGGCGUCCUCGUCUUGAGGCACCGCAGAGUACUGAGGCAGUAGCUCACGGCCCACCCUGUCGGCGUACUUGGAAGCAUACACUUCGCACGACAGCACGCGACGUUCCCUCCCGCCCCGGCCGAUAUAAGUGUCCCAAAAGGACAACACGUCCCCAACCUUAAGCCCUCGCAGCAUCUCUGCCUCUUCGAGCUGCCGCCCGAACCGGUAAGUGCCGAUGUUGAUCUCAGCCCAGUGCCGAUAGACCUCUGCUGCGAGCUGCUGGUCCUUCCUCAGAAUGCGGUCCCUCUCAGCCGCGAUGGAGCCGUCCAGCUCCCUCUGUGUCAGCUUCGCCAGCCGAGUGCGUCGGAAGUCGUCGAGGAAGUCGGCUGCCCGAGCGACGAGGGUCUCCGGGUCAGCCACGCUCGACUGGAUGACGAAGCGCAGAGAGGGGAUGCCCGAGGUGAGCGAGAGGCCGCUACCCACUAUGUACCCCAGCUGCUGCUUGGUCCUCAGCUCACUGUAGAAGGGCGACUCAAGCAGAGACCGCACCACUUGCGCCGUCAGCUUGUUCUUCAUCUCUCUGUCGCCUAUCUGGAACACGAGCGACGCGGCCGAGUUGGGGUUGGCGACAUUCGGCUCCUGCCGCCGCAACACGAGGGCCUCUCCAAGAGAUGACGGUGGGUCACUCAGUUUGUCGGUGGACGGCGUCCUGGGCAGCUCGACGACUCUGCGAGUGGGCCGCUGGUCAGGCGGCAGUGGCGUGAAGGGAAAGCUGUUCUCGACGGUCGCGACGAGCUUCUUUGCUUCCGACUGCUGUAGGUUGCCCUGGAUGAGCGUCUCGCCGAAGCCGCCGCUUUCGAAGAUGGUCGAGCUGAAUCGCUGCAGGUCGGACAGAGUGAGCUUCUCCAGGGCCUGCCGGACUGCCUCCACAGACGGCGUGGGGAUCUCCGUCAGCCGACUGAUGAAGUACCUGGUCAGGUCACACGACGCGACGCACACAACACGUGUGUGUGACUGGCAGGACAUCGAUCGAUGUGGUUGUCCCUUCCUCACCUGGCAUGCUCGUAGGGCUGCUGGUUGUCGAAGGCAGCGAACUCCCGGCGGGCGAUGUCCUGAAAUCGGCUGAAUUUGUCCUCGUCCGUCGGCAUGUGUGUGGCAAUCCGACGGGACACCCUUUCGACGAAGUCCUGCAGCUUGUCAUUGUACCCUCCGAAGGACAGCUGCAAACCCUGCACGUAUGUAUGUAUGCGCACGCAAAACACACCCAGAGGCGACACACGGUGAGAGAGGAGGUGAGUGACACGUCAGUGACGGUGUCGUGAUCCCCCUUGCGCACCUUUGCGUUGAAGUCAACGCCGUAGCUGAGGCCCGCGAGGCCCGCGUCGUACGCGAAUUCAUUCAAAUCGUCAUUUACACUCAACUCGUAGAGCCGUGACAACACCUGCACCAACACAACACACAGGCCAUUUGGAGUGGCCGCCCUCUAGGCACACGCACCUGGUUCUCAGGCGAAACAAGCGGGGCGUUGGUGGACAGCGAGAAAAGCCCAUACGCCUUGGGCGUGCCGAACUUCCUGUCGCCCUUGUAGAAGACGCGCCACGUUCCGUCAUCCCUGAUGAUUUCGGGAGGGAGUGGCUGGCGGCCGGCGUCUGGGGUCUGGGAGAACUUGAGCGACACGUCAGAGGGGAUGAACGGGUUGGCCGGGGGAUAGGUGAGAUCAGGUGGCGCCUUCUGCUGCGCCCAUUCCUCAAGCGUGGUCUCGCGUAUCAGCCGCUCUCGGUAGGGCGUCCCGUACCACUCCUCCGUCUUGUCUGUGGUCCCCUCGAAGUCCUUGGCGAUGCAUGUCACCAAGACACGCUGGUCGAACAAAAUCAAACACAGCGCUGCCAUAACUGGUAUCCGGCUGCCCGUCUGUGUGUGUGUAUGUGUGUUGGUUACCUGUGGAGUUAAAUUUUGGAUGAAUUUGAUUGUGAGCUGCUGCGGCAUCAUCCCGACGUCAUCAUCGCUCUCUGCUGGCUUGAUGCUUCUACGAGUCGCCGCGCGAUCAUCGCUGCAAGAAGAAAACAAAGAAAGGAAUAAGCAUGUGUGAGGAUGAGCCGCCCGCAUUAUGUCUGUCGGUCUACAGGAAGAGUCGUUUGGUGCCGCUGAGGUAGACGAGGGGGUCCUUGACCACCUGUAUCUCCGGAGCCAGCCGGACGGCGAGUGACUCGGGGCCCGACUUUUCCUGAAACUGCCAAUUCAACUCUGUCCGCACACGAGAACACACAGCAAAGACAGACGACGGGUAAGCUGAAGAUGGCUUUUUGAGAAGAGUGAAGGGUACCAGAGAUGCGCUGGCAGUCGUCGAAUAUGUGCCGCGGCACGGACGAGUCCCUGAGCAUGUUGAUGUACGAGAAGACGCUCUUAGCGACCUCAUCUCGCUGCUCAAAGCCCUUCUUGGUCAGACUCACACGCACCUCAAACACCUGCCACCGACCACCCACCCAUUCACACACAUGUAUCACACACAGCUGCAGACACGCGUUCUUGCUCGCCCACCGCUCACCUCAAAGUCAGACGUGUCCUCUGCUGUGCUGCAGCCCAGGCCGGUCGCCAGCCCCUCUCGCUUCAGGUAAGACAGCAGCGACCCCUUUCCCUCAUGGCCCAACAUGUGACCCUGCAGCAUACACAAAUCCCACCAGCACGGCGCACCUUCUGCCCUGUGCCUAACGCACUCUCCGUGCGGUGCCUUCCCUCGCCGACCACGUAUGCGUCUGGCUUGAUCAGCAGGUUUUGCAGCCGAUCGCCUUCGUCCGAGUACGGGAUGGCCCAGGCGAAAUGCAAUCGCCUCAGCUGCUGCACAGGCACCACCUCCGUCAGCUGCGCCGCCCUGUCGCUCUCGUCCCGUUGAUAGCCAUCGCCAGCCAGCAGGGCAGGGGGGAAUGGGGGCACCUUCCCCGCCCAUGCCGCCUCGGGGGGCGGCCGUGCAGUGUUGCGGAUGCCGGCGAACAUCUGCUCUGACCAUUUCUGCAUGGUGCUGAGGGGUUCGGCCGACACGAUGCAGAGCGUCAUUGUGUUUGCGGAAUAGUACUGCGAGUAGAAGUCUAGAAGAGCGUUGCGGACGUUGACGCCGUCGGCUUGUGGACGGUCGCGGAGGGUCAAGAGAUUUCCCGUGCCAAACCUGCAGAAACCACACAGGGGCGGCGUGGGGCUCGUCUUCUGCCAGGAGGUUGUGUUUCUGUGCAGGCGUGCCUGUGGAAAGGGUGGGACGGGUUGGCUCUGCUACGGAAGAGUUGCUGCAGCCGCCACUCGUCGCUCUGGAGGUUUUUGGAGUUCUCAGACUCGAUUGCAUUCACCUGUUGCAUACAUGGCGGACACGUCCAUGCGGGAACAAACCUGCCUAUCUGGCCUCACCUCCCUGUUUGUCGCGGCCUCGGUGAAUAGCGGCGCUAUGAAGAACGACGAGAAGCGGUCCAGGGCCUCGCGCAGCUUCUUCUGAUGACGCAAGCAGACAAAAGGCAUUUCACUCAACACAGUGCUGGCAGAUGGGCAGUGGCUGUAUCAUUCAGUAACCUGGUUGGCGAUGUCGAAGAAGUAGCACGUGUCCUGGUUGUCGGUGAAUGCGUUGGAGCUUCCGCCAUUGGAACUCAGGAACGCCUCAAAAGAGCCCUCAUCGGGGUACUUCUCAGUGCUAUAGCACACACAGACACACACACACACACAAAAUGGAUCCAUGAAUCAAAUCGAUAGCCCGCCUUGCGUUUACCCAAGGAAGAGCAUGUGCUCGCAGAAGUGAGCCAGCCCAGGAAGGUUCUCUGGGUCUGAAAAAUGACCCACAUGCACCGCAAGAGCAGCAGCCGCCGAAUCGGCCUGACGGUUCAUCACGCAGUUGCACACACCGAACGAAAGGCGAAGGAAUGUGACGGCAGUGACCAUGGAGGCUGACCUGUGGGUCCGUUGCGAGCAAGACCCUCAGGCCAUUUGGAAGGGUCAGCGCCUUGUAUUGUCGAACGUCACGAGGCGACUUCUGAAUGGGACCUGUCACACAUCACAGAUACUCACACCCAAAGCAUUGUGCUCGUCGUGUUUGGCUUACCGUUGUAGACCACCGUCCGCCCCUCGCCUGUUGCUGCUUCAGCAUCGACUUCACCGAGCAAAGGAAAGCCACUGGUCACUCCAGCCGCCGCCAGGAGCUGCGCAAGUGUCGACUGGAUGGCCUUCCGACGUUCCUCCGCAGAUGGAUCCAAGACAUGUGUUCCAUCAUCGCUGUGCAAUGACGACCUCCCUGCUGCAAGCCGGUGGCCGGGGCGCCGCCGCGAAACCGCCUCUCGUCUGCCAUCCUGCCGAGGCUGCAGAGGCCGCCGUAUGUGGGGAUGUUGAAAGCAGCUGGUGAGGUAAAUUAUGUCUAGGAUAAAGGAGCCGAUGAAUAAGGUGGCUCCAAACGAAGGCAUCUGGCCACCAGCAGGACCAGAGUCGCCCGUGUGUGCUAGAUCUCCAUCCACUGCCGAGGGGGGAGGGAAUUCGUUACGUUGUGGUCAGAUCAGUCGGUGUUCGAUGAACGUCUGUAAGAACGGAGAGGGGACGAUAGAAAGGUCAAG